CUCUUUUUUACUUCCUUUCUCCCCCCCUUUUUUUUUUUUAGAAAAAAGAAAUGAAGAUUGCAUUGAUUCUAUUGUUUUUUGGGACAUGUGCGUGUCAAUGGAAUCAAACAGUGUAUGAAGCAUUACAAACCUAUUCACCUGUGCUGUAUUCGCAUAUAGCAAGUUCAACUGAACUCGUUCAAUUAUUAGACCAGCGAAAUCACAAUAUUACAUUCUUGUUACCCAAUGAACAAGCCAUGAAUACAUCGAUUGGAAGUGGAUUGCUCAACUUUUCCUCACCACAAUCCUUCUCACAACUCUCCGUCAUGAUCUUGAACGGUUCUUUCCCUACCCACUCCUAUCUAUCAUCACAUCGUCAAUUCUACCCUACCAUCAGUAACCAUAAUAUCUCGAUUGGUCCUCAGAUUGUGAAUAAUGCGUUUACCAACACCAUUGAAAUCUACUCUGGCAUGUCUAAAGCAAUUACUACCGCUACUGAAAUCCAAUGCUUAAACGGUAUAAUUCAAUAUAUUGACCAUUUUCUGCAACCCGCACAAACACCACUGGACACAAUUUCAACGCUGUCCGAAACAGAAUAUAUGGAAGGACUAUUAAAAUCACUCAAUGUAUCCGACGUUAUUUCAGGUGGAGACAAGACGAUUCUGGUACCUGUCAAUGAAGCUUGGGAGGCUACCAAUGGUUCGACUUUGCCUUAUGGUACACUUGUGCAUAACCUGAAAUACGCGGUGUUGGAUGGAUUGUACACGAGCGAUAAGAUCUUGGCGAGUAUCAAUAGCACCACCCACGAGGCUUCCUUCUCGACGGACUACAAGCAAAAACCUAUUGUCUUUCGAUUGGAAAAAGGUGAGCUAUGGAUCAAUGCAAUGGCACGUUUUGUAAAGACGGAUAUUUUGACAACCGCUGGUGUCAUUCAUUUGAUCGAUACUGUCUUGACAGCAGAUACAGUCUCUAUAGAAACUGCUGAUAAUAAGACAUUUGUACCUGUCUUGGGCACAGACAAUCAUUCGUCCCCUGACCGUCGUGGUUCAUUGGCUACGCAUGUCUUUUCUUUGCAUCCAUUGUAUUUAUUUUCCUUGUCACUUUUAUUUGUAUUUUUAUAAACCCUUUUUUCUCUCUCUCUUCUUUUUUUUUAUUACUUUUUUUUUUUUGUUUCUUGAUACCCCCCCCUUCCUCCUCCUUUACUAUAAAAAAACGAGGCAGCUCCCU